AUGGCACCAGAACACGAUUUCUUCUUUAAAAUAUUAUUGAUUGGUGACAGCGGUGUCGGUAAAUCUUGUUUAUUAUUAAGAUUUGCAGAUGACUCAUGGACUGAUACUCAUAUCAGUACUAUUGGUGUAGAUUUUAAGAUCAAGACUUUGAAUCUUGAUGGUAAGACCAUUAAAUUACAAAUCUGGGAUACUGCAGGUCAAGAAAGAUUCAGAACCAUUACAUCUAGUUACUAUAGAGGUGCUCAAGGUAUUAUUUUGGUUUAUGAUUGCACCGAUCAAGACUCUUUCAACAAUGUCAAGCAAUGGAUGGGUGAAAUCGAUAGAUACGCAUGCGAAAAUGUAAACAAACUUUUAGUUGGUAACAAAACCGAUCUUGUAAAUGAAAAAGUUGUCGACACUAAUCAAGCAAAGAGUUUUGCCGAAAGUAUGGGUAUUCCAUUCAUUGAGACCAGUGCCAAGAAUGCUACCAACGUUGAAGAAUGUUUUUGCUCAAUGGCUAGAGAUAUUAAGAAUAGAUUGGCAGAUAUUCAAGAGACACCAAAGAACGAUAGCACAAAUGUUACCGUUUCAAACAAAGGUGGCGCAGGAAAGAAGAAAGGAAGGAUUUGUCUCAUCUAA